AUGCUCACUUCCGGCUUCACCAAUGCGCCCGUUACGAAGUUCCUCGUCUUCUACACGGUGGCUGCCGCUUUUGUAGCCAGCAUAACCGACUCGCAGUACCUCCUCUACAUCCAAGUUGUCCCGCAUCUCUGGGUGCACCGCCAGUUCUGGCGCCUUCUGACAUGGCAGGCCUGCUUCGCCAAUUCCACUGAGGUGCUCUUCGCCGCCAUGACCUUCUACCACCUGCGCGUCAUCGAACGGCUCUGGGGCUCGCGCAAGUUCGCUUCCUUCAUCGUCUCAACGCUCCCCUACACGACGCUACUCCCCCCGCUUAUCCUCGCCCUGGUCGUACGGCCCCUUACCUUCAACCAUGCGAACUACCUCCCGGCAGGGCCGACGCCCCUGCUCUUUGCCAUCCUGGCCCAGUACCACGCCUCGAUCCCGCGCAUCUACCGUUACAAGCUCACGACCAAGGCGCCGGCCGAUAGUAACGGCUCAACAGCCAAUACAGCGGGACAGCAGCGCGGCGGCCUCGACGCGUCCGUCACGCUCUCGUCCAAGACGCUGCAUUAUCUCCUGCCCAUUCAGCUCGCGCUGUCGGCGCUGCCGGGCUCGGCAGUCAGCGCGGCCGUGGGCUGGUGCGUGGGAUACGCGUGGCGGAACGAGAUGCUACCGCUGGCAAACGGCUGGCGCAUCCCCGGGUGGAUUGUCGGCGAGAGGAAGGCCGAGGGCGGGAGGAGGGAGUUUGAGGGCUUGAGGCAGCGGAUGGAGAGGGAGCACGGGGCCGCGACGGGAAGGGAGGGCGGCGACGGCACGCAGACGGAAGGAGAGGCGAGGAGGAGGGGAACCCUUGGGGGUAUGUUGGCGGGGCAGUUUGGAGGGGAGGGCUGA